UACCGGUGACAUUACCUCUGUAACAACAUGCCGCCUAAACAUCCGAUAAGUUUUUUGUGCACAGCCGAAUGAGAUUCAAUUUUAUGGUUCAAAACAUUUUAAAAUCUUAAUAAAUGGUUCCAAUAUAUUAUAAAGCGCCUAAAUGGUUAAGCUAGCAACAAUUCUGAGUCUGUUAUCUUUGUUUUCGACGAAAAAGUUAAGACAUUAAAGUUAAGCUAUUAGGCUAGCGCUAGCUGUGUAAAUUUCGGAGUCAGCACUGUACUAGCCUACUAGGUACUACGUUUAUAAACAAGGUGAUGUCGUCAGGCCGCCCCAUCAAGUGCGUGGUAGUGGGGGACGGCACGGUCGGCAAGACGUGCAUGCUCAUCUCCUACACCACCGACUCCUUCCCUAAGGAAUAUGUCCCCACUGUAUCAAAGAAUUCCACCCUGACAUCCUCCAUCCCUUCCACCGACAUCCUCCGUCCCUUCCACCCUGACAUCCUCCAUCCCUUCCACCCUGACAUCCUCCGUCCCUUCCACCCUGACAUCCUCCGUCCCUUCCACCCUGACAUCCUCCGUCCCUUCCACCCUGACAUCCUCUGUCCCUUCCACCCUGACAUCCUCCGUCCCUUCCACCCUGACAUCCUCCGUCCCUUCCACCCUGACAUCCUCCGCACGAAGAUCGACCUGCGGGAGGACAAGGAGACGCUCACGGCGCUGGGGGAGGCGGGCCAGGGCCCCGUGAGGCGCGAGGUGGCCGCCAAGCUCGCUAAUAAGAUACGCGCCGUGCGGUACAUGGAGUGUAGCGCCCUCACCCAGCGGGGGCUCAAGCAGGUGUUCGAUGAGGCUGUGAGGGCGGUGCUGCGGCCUGAGCCUGUCAAGAGACGCCAUCGCAAGUGCGCCCUCCUCUAGCCGCACCUACAUCUAGGGACCUGCGCCUAGAUGCUUCUAGGUGGUGUGGGGACCUAUGCCUAGACACCUCUAGGGGACCUGUGCCUAGUUGCGUCUAGGUGACCUGUGCAUAGACACAUCUAGGGGAUCUGUGCCUAAAUACGUCUAUGUGGUCUGUGCCUAGACACAUCUAGGUGGCCUGUGCCUAGAGACGUCUAGGGGACCUGUGCCUAGACACGUCUAGGUGGUCUGUGCCUAGACACGUCUAGGUGGCCUGUGCCUAGAGACGUCUAGGUGGUCUGUGCCUAGACACGUCUAGGUGGCCUGUGCCUAGAGACGUCUAGGGGACCUGUGCAUAGACACGUCUAGGGGACCUGUGCCUAGACACGUCUAGGUGGUAUGUGCCUAGACACGUCUAGGUGGCCUGUGUCUAGAUGCUUCUAGGUGGCCUGUGCCUAGACACGUCUAGGGGUCCUGUGUCUAGACAGGUCUAGGGACCUGUGCCUAGACAGGUCUAGAGGGCCUUGCGCAAGUCUAGGCAUGUCUAGGUGGAUCAUCGCUCUGACUUGUUUAGAAUUGCCAUGGUCUCCGCGCCUAGAAAUAUCUAGGUGUAGGUUUACCUACAUUCACAUUUCUUUAGACAUUCUGUAUUUCUACAUCUAGACAUUAUAGGUUUCUAGGUGACUGCUCCUCGAUUAGUCUAGAGACUACUGGUGUUCUCACGACCUAAUUUGUCUAGGUAUAUCUAGGUGUAUGUUCACUCCUAGAUUCGUCUUUGACAUGCCUUGUGAACCCUCUUGUCCGCUUCUAGAUGUGCAGAAAUUACCUAUGCAUCUAGGGGUGUCCCCUUGCCUCCUGCCUAGGUCCGCCUUGCUGAAUCUAGGUAGCCAAUAUCUAAUUCUACAUCGCCUCUAUGCUUCUAGAGUUUCUAUCUAGACGCCGUUCUAUUAAUUUCUAGAUGAUACUAGAUCAUCUUUUGUCCUCGAAAUUUCUAAUUAAUUUGGUCCACACCCUAGCCUGCCUAGAUAAAUAACUUGGGUUUGUAUACUCAUCUAGGCAUGAAUACUUCAUUACUCUAUUCAUUUACUAGAUACAUCACCUAGAUCUGAUAAUCCUAAAUAUUGAAAUCAUUUGAUGGUUUCUGCAGAAACUAAUAUUCAUCUAGGUACAUCUAGGACGCAUACUAUGGGUCGAAGUCUGUUUGAUUUAUCUAGGAUAAUAUUUUUAAAUUAAUAACUAGAUACUAGAUGUAUGACUGACUGCCUUUUUAAUCACAAACUUAUUUAGGUUAACUGACUUUAUUGACACCUAAUAAUUAACAGCGUUCUUCUCGAAUCUAGAUAUCUAGGUGCCUACAUGCCAAAAAUAUAAUUGAACGUUUUCUUUAUGUACAAACGUGAACAUUUAGGCAUAGAACGUGAACAUAUAGGCAUGGAACGUACACAUCUAGGCAUAGAAGAUGAACAUCUAGGCAUGAAACUUGAAUAUCUAGGCACAAAAAAUGAAGAUUUUCCUGAAUGUUUUUUACCUAUGUGAAUGUUGCCGCAUCCUGCCCUAUUCUAGGUUCGUGUCUAGGUGACUCGCAUGUUCAUCUAGGCGAGUUUUUUUUACAUAAUUUUAUUUGUUUGUAAAAUUUAGUCCUACUUCUUUCUAGGUAACAUUUCUCCUUUCUACCUAGACUAUUUCUAGGGAACAUGUCUCCCUUCUGCCUAGACUAUUAUUUGUAGUUAUUUAGGUAAGGAUUUUACCAGUCAUCUGUUUCCCUAGAGUUCUUUUCCUGUACCUAGAUGUUGUUUUUAAAGAUUUCAUCUAGGGAGUGAUCGAUCUAUCAGCUUCUAGGGGGUACUCUAGAGGAGGUAAGUGAUCUAGUUAAAGGUUUACCUAUUUUCAUCUAGGAAAAAAAUCCACAAACUUGCCUACUUGCACUGCUGUCUUUCUACGUGUAUAGGAGCCUCUAGGAAAUCCUAUAAGAGCCUCUAGGAAAUCCUAUAAGAGCCUCUAGGAAAUCCUAUGUAUAUCUGAACAUACUCCUACUCCCUUGCUACUUUUACUAGUUCUUAAUGUCAUGUACAUGUCUCUAGUUAUAGGGAACUAGAAUAUCUAGGUAACUAGAUACCUAGAUAUUAUCUAGGUAAGUCGUGGCUACAGCACACUAGGAGUCCCUGCCGCCUAUAGGUUUUUCUAUUAUUUUAUAUCUAGGGAACUAGUGAUCUGAAACAUCUAGUGUAUCUAGGGAACUGGUGAUCUGAAACAUCUAGUGUACCGGUAUCUAGGGAACUGGUGAUCUGGAACAUCUAGUGUAUCUAGUGAACUGGUUAUCUGAAACAUCUAGUGUGUCUAGGGAACUAGUGAACUGGAACAUCUAGUGUAUCUAGGGAACUGGUGAACUGGGACAUCUAGUGUAUCUAGGGAACUGGUGAACUGGAACAUCUAGUGUAUCUAGGGAACUGGUGAACUGGAACAUCUAGUGUAGGUAUCUAGGAAACUAGUGAACUGGAACAUCUAGUGUAUCUAGGGAACUAGUGAACUGGAACGUCUAGUGUAUCUAGGGAACUGGGGAUCUGAAACGUCUAGUAUAUCUAGGGAACUGGGGAUCUGAAACAUCUAGUAUAUCUAGGGAACUGGUGAUCUGAAACAUCUAGUAUAUCUAGGGAAUUGUCACGGAAUAUUUGGACAAAGGCCCACUAAUUACCCUGAGUGUAGUUCUUUAUAUUCCUAGAUGUUUCUAGGAAACUUAUUGGUCGACGCGUCAAUUUGAACCUAGAGAUCGUCUGACUAGAUUUUCCUUGUUUGACCUACAGCUUAUCUAGGUGAGCUCACAUGUAGGUUGUACAGGAAUUCGCUCUCUAGUGUCUAGUAUCAGUGAAUUAUCUAGCAUGAAUAAUAUUCGAUUUAUCUCUAGGUAUGACAAUAUUUUUUUUCGUCUAGAAAUUGGAGGAAACAUCUAGAAAUCAAUUAGCUAUUGAUUAUUCUAGUAAAUUUUCUUCAGUUAAACUAUUUUUGAUGCUAUCUAGUUAUGCCAAACCUAUGUUUAGAUGUCAAGCCUAUGUUUAGCAUCUAGUUACUAGAUGACCGAUUACUAACGGAUUACAAGAGAACGUUUUUAUUAUAUUAAUUUUACUAGACUAUCUUCUCUAGAUGUAUUCCUUGACGUUAGUCCUAGCCUCGAUGAUUCUUGCCUAGAAAAUCCUCAUCUAGGAAAACUACAUUUUAACUCAGGCACCAUAAACUUAUCUAGAAUCUAGGCACAGCUAGAAAAAAAUAGACAUCUCCGAAGACCAUCUAUCUAGGAAAUUUAAAAUCUCUUUAUCUAGGAAAAAGCCGAAUUUUUGGAAGAGUCUGUCAUCUAGAAAAUUUCAUAACCUAGAUAACCUCUGUCAUCUAGUAACGCUGCCUGUUCACUGCCACGCUAGAUGCUCUAGUAACGCACGCUGCUAGUGUCCAAAAUUCUAGAGCAAAUCUACAGGCAAAAAUUAUAGUUUUAAACUCGCCGCAACACUAGAAAACUAGUACAGAAUUACUAGUAGAAAAGGAGUGCAGGAUUUAACUAAUGUUUGUGAUUCGGCACUGACCACUAGGAAAAAUGUAUGUCAUGUUGUCAAAAUAUUGACACACUUUCGUACACAGUGAGCGGACGUAGCACUGAUACGAUUAUUUACCGGGUCAAACUGGGUCAAAAUGACCCACAAAAGCUAAAACCGCAUCGUUAUUUUGACAAAUUCUCAUUUAUUUCUUUGUGUGUUUAAAUUCCUUGUAUUUUAUUUCGCUUCACCAAAUAACCUCUGUGUGCCUGUAUUGUUUAGUUCGUUGUACUCUGUAUUAAGUGUAUGAAUGAAACUCAAUACGUUUCAUUCAACAUCUCAUUAAGUUUCAUUCAACAUCUCAUUAAGUCUCUCAUUCAACAUCUCAUUAAGUUUCAUUCAGCAUCUCAUUAAGUCUCAUUCAACAUCUCAUUAAGUUUCAUUCAACAUCUCAUUAAGUUUCAUUCAACAUCUCAUUAAGUUUCAU